AUCCAAGUGCACCGUUGCCUCCAUUGAAAUUGGAACCGUAAUAUUAUUCCGCCACUUCUCUCUCUAUUGUGUCGUGUGACCACUGUUUCUGUAUCUUAUUCUCCGUCGCCGGUGCUUUUCCACCGACAUGUUCAGAAAAACAUUUACCUGGAUUUGUUGAGAAAUCAAGUGAACUGAAAUCUAUGGGUGUUGAUACUAUUGCUGAUGGUGUUGUUAAGGUGUUGAAUUGGGGAGAAUUGGGGAUUUUGAGAAUAGUAGUGCUGAAGAUAUGCUCAAAGCUCUCUGAUUCCGACGAUGAUGGAACGGAUGAUUCUGGUAUUGAGCGAACCCAUGUUCUGAGACUGUGAAAUUUCAUUAGGGGAGUAGAGUAUAAAACCUUGAUAUCAGAGACAGACAAAUUUCCAGCCGUAGAGACUUGCACGGAAGGACAGAUCCAAGUCCUCGGUGGUUGUGUGUGCAUUCCAUCCUCCAGCUUCAUCAAUAGCUGUAAGUCUCCAUACUCCUGCUGAGCCAUUGAAACUGAAGAAGACAUAUGGGAAAGACCCAAUUUCUCGUUCCACCUUAUAAUAGUAAGACUAUCUAGAGCAAAAGAAUCCAGUUAGUAACGAGGAGAUGCUAAAUUACUGAAUUCGGCUUGUGCUUGAACAAGACCAGUUUCCGGAUUGUGUAAGAGAUAAGGAAUGGUUCGGUGGAGGUAGUCAGGUUCAGGUUGGAAAUCAGCAUCAAAGAUGGCAAUGAAUUCGCAUCACUGAACACAAGUAGAUUGAAACUGUCAAUCCUGGUGCUAUAAUGGAGCUUAUUAUUACAUUCCAUAUCAAUCCAAGUUCUUUGAUUUAUAUCAUCUUCAGACAACUGAAAUAGUUUUUCAUGAACAUAGCUUGUUAUAACAUCAUUUACUUGCUUAAAUCCCUCCAUUCUCCCCAUGUACAAACACAAGAAGAGGAGCAAAAAGCCCUCUCCAGAUUUCAAUCGUUUCCCGAAGCAUAAGUACAAAAAACAAGAAUAAGUACAAAAAGCAGACGGAAAACUUGUACCAGUGGUUUUGACAAAUUGGAGUCUUCAGCCGACAUGGGUUCCUGUUACAUAUCCAUAAGAAUCCGACACAAAAUGGCGGGAUUGCGCGGGAAAUCAACUCCUAAUUACACAAAAUGGCGGGAGUAGUAAUUCAAAUUUCAAAACUCCAAAAUUAAUUUCUAAACCCCAUUUAUCCAACCCAGAGAAAGAAAGCAAAGAGACGUUUUGAGAGACGGAGAGAGAUUAGGUUAAUAAUGAGAAUAAGACAGAGAAGAACUAGUGCAAAUACAGUUCCAGGUAAAGAGAAUGGGGAAAAAGAUCUUGAUUCUAUGAUGAAGAAGAAAGUUAAAGAAGCAGAUGAGGGGGAUUUGAGCAGUAAUGAUGGUGAAAGUAAAUGGUUGGAAGAAGAGGUUGUACUGAAGGAGUUGGUAAAGAAGAAGAAGAAGAAAUCUGAGGGAGAUUUGGGUAAUAAGGGUUUUGAAAAGGAGGGAGAUGGGAAUUUGGGUAUUAGUGGUGAAGAAGAGAAAGAGGGUCAGAAUUGGAAGAGAAAUCUUAAGGUAUCUGAUGAAAAUGAUGAGCAGCAGCAAUUAAAGAAGAGGAAGAGGGAUAAUUUUAAUGAGAGUUCCCAAAUAGGCCUGCCAUCAGAGGUAAUAGAUGAUGCUAGCAAGGAGGUGGAUGGGGUACCUAAUACUGAGCCUGAGGAAACAAGUCCACUCAAGGUACCUAAUACUCACAAAAGAAGAAAAUGGGUAAUAGAUGGGAAUACUAAAAAGUGUGUUAAGAUCAUUGAUGGGGAAGUUAAAGAAUCCGAUGUGUGCCACCAGUGCAAGACAAUCAAUCGACCAGGGGGAGUUAUUCGGUGCAAAAUUUGUCCAAAUAAGCGGUUUUGCCAGCCAUGUAUAAAAAAAUGGUAUCCUGGUGUCUCACUAGAGUCAAUUGCAGAGGCUUGCCCUUUUUGCACUGGAAUAUGCAACUGUAAAGGAUGCUUGCGCAAAGGCUUCAGAUCAGUGGAGGCCUCAGAAAGGAAGAUGGAACCUGAAGAAAAAGUUGAGUACUCUAAAUAUUUGUUGAAAUAUCUUCUUCCGGUGCUGAAGCAGAUUAAUCAAGAACAAGUAACUGAAAAGGAGGUUGAGGCUACCAUUCAAGGACUAUCACCCUCAGAAGUAGAAAUUAUGAGUGCAAAUUGUGAUGAUGGCGAGCGUAUGUAUUGUGACAACUGCAAAACUUCUAUAGUGGACUAUCACCGGAGCUGCCCAAACUGUAAUUAUGACCUUUGCCUUACCUGUUGCCGAGAGAUUCGUGAUUGUUCCUUUCAAGGGGGUGGAGAGGAAGUAAAUGUGAAGCUUGUCAACAGAUGGCAUCCAUACAUGCAUGUUACAUCUGAGUGGAAAGUGAUGGCUGAUUGUAGCAUUCCUUGUGCAUCCUGUGGUUCUGGUCUUCUAGAACUGAAAUGCAUCCUUCCAAAAAAUUGGGUGUCUAAAUUGGAAAGCAGUGCGGACAAAAUAGCAACAGAAUUCAAUAUUUUUUAUGAUCCAGUGACUGCUACAGAGCAGUGCUCCUGUUCCAACCAAGUUUGCGCUGCAGACAUUACCAACAAUAACUUACGGAGAGCUGCUUCACGAGAAGUGGAUGACAACUAUUUGUAUUGUCCAAUUGCAAGAGACAUCCAACAUGCGGACCUGGAGCAUUUCCAGAAGCACUGGUGCAGAGGCGAGCCACUAAUUGUUCGCAAGGUGAAUGAACUGACCUCUGGCUUAAGCUGGGCGCCAUUGGUUAUGUCUAAAGCAUUGCGCGAGAAAACUAAUUCGAGGGUGGCGAAAGGUGAAGGUCGCUUAGAUGUGAAAGCUAUGAAUUGUAUGGAUUGGUGCGAGGUUGAGGUUAAGAUGGCUCACUUUUUCAGAGGCUAUUCAGAAGGUCUUAUGUUCCCUAACAUGUGGCCUAAGAUGUUCAAACUGAAAGAUGUGGUCUUGUUACCGCGUCAUUGUGUUGAAUUUGUUAGUUCCUUACCCUAUCAACAGUACACAAACCUGAAGCAUGGAUUUGUUAAUCUUGUUACCAAGUUGCCACCAAAAUCCUUGAAACCGGACUUAGGUCCAAAGGCGCAGAUUGCUUAUGGGCAUUUUGAAGAACUUGGUCGAGGUGACUCUGUCACCAAACUUCAUUGCGACAUAUCUGAUAUGGUCAAUGUUUUGACUCACAUACAUGAGGUAUCUCUAGAAGAUACACAGCUUGAUAAAAUUAAAGCAGCGAAAAAGAGGCACAUGGCCCAGGAUAAAAAGGAAAAUGAUGAGCAUGUCAAGGUCUCGCAUACAAACUUAUGGAACAGGAACUGCAGUGUUAACAGUACUGAAGUGGAAAAAGAAUGUGAUGCUUUUGAGCCUGAAUAUUACCCUAGAAGUGCUGGUGGUGCUCUCUGGGAUAUCUUCCGUAGAGAAGAUGUUCCAAAGCUGCAGGAAUACCUUAGAAAGCAUUCUUGGGAGUUCAGGCACUUAUACUGUCUUCGAGUUGAGCAGGUAAGUCAUCCAAUCCACGACCAGUCAUUCUACUUGACUUUUGAGCAGAAAAGAAAGCUCAAGGAGGAAUAUGGAAUUGAACCAUGGACCUUUGUGCAAGAACUUGGUGAGGCAGUGUUCAUUCCAGCUGGUUGUCCUCACCAAGUAAGGAAUUUAAAGUCAUGUACAAACGUUGCUGCUGGUUUUGUUUCACCUGAGAAUGUUCAGGAAUGCAUGCGGUUGGCUGAGGAGUUUCGUUUGCUUCCUCAGAACCAUGGAGCUAAGGAAGACAUAUUGGAGGUCAAGAAAAUGAUCCUCUAUGCUGUCAAAAACGUCGUGGAUGCUGUGCACGACCCAUACAGGUUAGAGGAGAGCGCCAACAGAAACACCAAACCUACUGGCAGCAAAAGGCGAUCCAAAAGAGGAGGCAGGGGUGGAAAAGAAGGGAGACCAAGAGUGGAGAAGGAUAACCCCUACAAUGGGAAUGGUCGUUGAGGAAGAGGGGCAGGAAGGUGCCAACAAUGAAUCUUUUGAACUUUGAAGUCAUUGUGCAUUUCAAAUGUAAUAAGGACUUCUUAGUGUGCAGUUUUUUACUUUUUGACGGUUAUAACCUUAGUUACUGAUAUCGGGGAUGCUCAUCUUUUGCUGUGCUUUGUUGUUGCUGCUAGAAAAAUUAAGGCUCCCCUGACAGUGUUUGUUCAUCUAUUAAGUAUACGAAAGCGCUCUUAUAUGUCAAUCUGUAUCUUUUGUUACAUUCUAUUGGAAAUUUAG